AAAGGAAAAGAACGAUGACCAUGAUCCCCCCCCAAAAAUGGAAGAGAACAGUGGAAGGGGACUCGAACGGUACACGAUUUGGAUCCAGACGGGAAAGCGUGACAGUGACAACGAGAUUUAGGCGUGAUAAGGAGAGGAGAACGGAGCCGAAGACGCCCAAAAUAGUGAGAGGAACUAUAGGGAAGACUCGACUACAGUACUUGAGGCUUAAAGAUCGAGGCAUAUUAUUUUGCUUUGGACAACGAUGUUCACGAUUUGAUGAGGGAUAUAUAUCCGACAAACAGAACAACCGAAGAUGAUGGAAAGAAUACUCACAAAUGAAGACCUGGAAUAAGUAGAAAACAACGCCAACCUGAACCACCACUUCAAUAUUUAAUCACCAUCUAUAUUCUUGAAAACAAUGGAUUCACCAAGCCACCGUGCCGAUAUUUAUAACUCAACUUUCAGUCAGCAAAUCUUCCAUUUAUUAAUUACUUGUUAAUCUCCACAUUCUAUACAACCUAACAAAUCCAACAAAUUACAAUAAAGUAUUCACUUCCAGUUAUUAUUCACUCAUCCAUCUAAAAGAUUCGAAAAUGCAGGAUGAGAAUCUCCACAAGGUAGUCUUACAAAAACCAGAGAGAAAAGAAGCAAACACGAUACUCAAAACGUCAUUUUCUUGCCUCGCAUCAUAUCUCACGGGAUCACGACACAAUCCAUCUGCAAGUCCGACGACAGAGCUUGAAGAAUCCGUUGUUUCAACUGCUGUACAAGGCGAAUUAACGGCUAGUCGAUGUCCAAGUCCCACUAGAGAACUUAUUGAGCUCGCAGAGAAAAAUGCAUUAACAGCAGGCCUAAGUGUUUCUACAGCAACUACCUCUAUGGCAAACUCAGAAACACAAAACACCACCCCAAAAGUUACAAGUCCAUGCAGGGACACCGCCUCAUCAUCCAGCAGUACUUCUGCACUGCAAGCAAGUAUGCAUACGCAUAUACAACACCCCAUCUUGCAGCCCACUGAUUAUUUAUCACCAAGUACGAGUACAGAUGAGAGAGAUGAGAGCCACAGCACCAACAUCACUAUCACCACACCCGAUCAAAAAAGAAACAUACAGGAAAUAUUCAUAAAGAGUUUGAUCAGCAAACUCACAAAAGAAAGACGAGAAGCAAAAAUGAAAUUGAGAACUUCGAGGAGAAUUCGUUAUUUAGCUGCUGUAAAUAAGAUAGUGAGGAGAGGUUGGAGUGGUCGACCGCAUGUAAUGAUGGGAUCUCGACUGGGGAGAAAGAGAAAGUUAGAUGAACAGUGUACCUAGUAGCUAGGAAUAUGUUUUGCUUAAUUUGUUUAUGCUGUUUUGUAAGGUGUUAGAUUGUAGUUUUUCACCUCAUGGUUUUAUUUUAAAAUGUAGAAAAUGAAAUUUCAUAAGAAUGCACACCCGCUUUUAGUGCUCUUGCUGGGUAUCUUAGAUCUUUUUUUCUUUUCUUAUUUAUCGCUGAGUUCUCACCUUGACUACUCAAAAUAUAAAAGACGUUACAAUUAUUCACUCCCUUCUAGUGACGUAAAACAAUCCAUCUUAUACCGUGUGCUAUACACACAUGUGAUUUGAACCUUUCAAAUAUACCUCUACCCA